GCCCUGGCUGGUGCAUCUCUGUGACAGGGCCCUUGGGAAGACGCUCCUUCCAGAAUACCUAUGCCACUCCUCCCACACCUUGAGGUCAGCCUCCUCCACCGAGCUUCCAGGACAGCUCCUGUUCUCCUUAAACUGAAACCCACACGACCCAAUUUACUAUUUGAUUAAGUUUCUAGUUCCGUUUUCAGAAGGCUGUCCUGUCCUUGAUGACGUGCUUGGAGGUGGAGACAUCAUCCUUUCUUUUGUACCUCUCCACUGUAACAAUUACCCUACUUCCUAAACCAAAAAUUGCAACACAUGGUUUCAAAAAUAAGGACUACUUGAAAGCCGGCUGUCCUAGCCAAUGUGGGACAAGUGUCAACCACGGGCACCCGGUGACUUGGGUGGGCGGGCAUGCAACGGCAACUCUUGCAGGUCAGGUCGCCCUGAUUGUCCCCGCAGUUCCAGAGCCUGGUGAUGAAUGAAUGAGAGACCAUGUUGAUGAAUGAAAUGGACCGAGAGAUGGAAGUGCGUUCGCCUGAGGUUUCCCGCGGGCCUGGGAGCGCGCGCCCGGUUGUCACCGAAGGUGGCAGGUCUUCUGAACCAUGGUUUCGGUGGAGUGUGAGGUACGCAGGGUCCGUCGCCCAGUUCCCCCGCAUUGCAGUGGUACGCGCUACUCCACUCUCCGCUAGCAGGUCUUAGCCCGGCGAGUGAAUGGAAGGCAGCGAGGCCGGAAGUGGAAGGUACCACUCGGGAGGUCGAGGAGGGGGCUCGAGCGCGUCGCGGCUUCAUUGAGAACAGAAGCGAGGAACAUGGAGUUCCAUGUGCAGCUUAUGUAAAGAGAGCGAUGGAUCCCGCCACCAAUGAGCACGCGGCUCUGGCAGGCCCGGCCCCCCCGGUAUGCAGAUGAGGCCGCUCCUCGACCAAUGGCCGACUGCGGAGGCGGGCUCAGCGCGCGCGGUCACGUUUUCCACUAUGUGACAGCGGCGAUCUGCGCGGCGCUGGCGGCGCGGGGAACCAGCUGCUCCGGGCGGGCGGCAGCUGCAAUCAGGCGGGGCAGACGGACCGACCAGCCGAGGGGCCGACGGACGGGCAGGCCAGACGUGGCCCGGCGCUUCUCCAGCAUGAAUGGAUUUGUGGAGUUUCCCCUCAGCCCUGACAACCCCACCAAGAAGCCCAUGAAGCCUGCGCCCGGCCAGGCCUCGCUGCAGGAGGAUGUGGACAUGAGCAGUGGCUCCAGCGGAAAUGAAGCCCCCGAGAGCAGCUCCCUGGGGCAGGACUCUCAGGCCAGUGACUGCGACGACCAUGGGAAGGAGCUGGGAAUGGUCGUGGAGCCACCUGACCCCCAGAGCAGCAAGGAGUCUGCCAAAGCAGACACUCACAGAGAGCUGAUGAAGACGCUGCGGGAGCUGAAGGUCCACCUCCCUGCGGACAAGAAGGCUAAGGGCAAGGCCAGCACGCUGGCCACCCUGAAGUACGCCCUGCGCAGCGUGAAGCAAGUGAAAGCUAACGAGGAGUACUACCAGCUGCUGAUGUCCAGCGAGAGCCAGCCCUGCAGUGUGGACGUGCCGUCCUACACCAUGGAGCAGGUGGAUGGUGUCACCUCCGAGUACAUAGGGAAGAACGCGGACAUGUUUGCUGCAGCCGUGUCUCUGGUUUCGGGGAAGAUCAUGUACAUCUCUAGCCAAGUGACAUCCAUAUUCCACUGCAAGCAGGACGCCUUUAGUGAUGCCAAGUUUGUGGAGUUCCUGGCGCCCCACGAUGUCAGCGUGUUCCACAGCUCCACCACCCCCUGCAGGCUUCCGUCCUGGAGCGUGUGCGGCGGAGUCGAUUCCUUCACCCAAGAAUGCAUGGAAGAGAAGUCUUUUUUUUGCCGGGUCAGCGUCGGGAGGAACCAUGAGGAUGAGAUCUGCUACCAGCCGUUCCGCAUGACGCCCUACCUGCUCAAGGUACAGGAGCCGCCGGGGGCCGAGAGCCAGCUGUGCUGUCUGCUGCUGGCAGAGAAGGUGCACUCCGGCUAUGAGGCCCCAAGGAUUCCUCCUGAGAAGAGAAUUUUUACAACUACACACACGCCGAAUUGUUUGUUCCAGGAUGUAGACGAGAGAGCGGUCCCCCUCCUGGGCUACUUACCUCAGGACCUCAUUGAGACGCCUGUGCUCGUACAGCUGCACCCCAGCGACAGGCCCCUGAUGCUUGCCAUCCACAAAAAGAUCCUGCAGUCCAGCGGGCAGCCUUUCGACUACUCUCCCAUCCGGUUCCGCGCCCGGAACGGGGAGUACAUCACGCUGGACACCAGCUGGUCCAGCUUCAUCAACCCCUGGAGCCGCAAGAUCUCCUUCAUCAUCGGGAGGCACAAAGUCAGGGUGGGCCCUUUGAAUGAGGACGUGUUUGCGGCGCCCCCAUGUGUGGAGGAGAAGGCCCUGCACCCCAGCGUCCAGGAGCUCACAGAGCAGAUCCACCGGCUGCUGCUGCAGCCCGUGCCCCACAGUGGCUCCAGUGGCUACGGGAGCCUGGGCAGCAAUGGCUCCCAUGAGCACCUCAUGAGCCAGACCUCGUCCAGUGACAGCAACGGCCACGAGGAUGGCCAGCACCGGAGAGCCGAGAUUUGUAAAAAUAGUAACAAGAACAAAAUCAAAAGUCAGUUUUCCCAUGAAUCUGGAAAACAAAAGAAAAAAUCUAUAACAGAAAUGCAAAGUAGCACCCUGGCUCAGGUGAAAGCCGUGCCUGUUGCAGAGAAGGACAGCUCAGGGGCCGGCCUGCCCAAGGCCAGUUUCCCGGAGGAGCUGUCUUGCAAGGACCAGCCCUCCUGCUCCUACCAGCAGAUCAGCUGCCUGGAUGGUGUCAUCAGGUACUUGGAGAGCUGCAGCGAGGCUGCCACACUGAAGAGGAAGUGCGAGUUCUCUGCACACAUCCCAUCCCGAAAGGCCACGGUCAGCCCUGGGCUGCACGCCGGAGAGGCCGCAUCGCCCUCCAAGGUGAGCAGCCACGCAGAAGUGAGCGCCCGCCUGAGCUCCCUGGCGCUGCCCGGCAAGGCUGAGAGUGUGGUGUCCCUCACCAGCCAGUGCAGUUACAGCAGCACGAUCGUCCACGUCGGGGACAAAAAGCCACAGCCAGAGCUAGAGACAGUGGAGGAUGCCGCCAGUGGGCCUGAGUCCCUGGACUGCCUGCCAGGAGGCCUUGGCCAGGAGAAGGGGCCCCUGCAGAAACUGGGCCUCACCAAAGAGAUUCUGGCCUCGCACACACAGAAGGAGGAGCAGAGCUUCCUGCAGAAGUUCCGGGAGGUGCGGCGGCUGGGCGUCCUGCAGGCCCACUGCCAGUACUACCUGCAGGAGAGGUCCAGGGGGCAGUUGAGCGAGCGCGCGGCUCCUGGACUAAGAAAUGCUUCUGGAAUAGACUCUUGGAAAAAAACUGGCAAGAACAGAAAACUAAAGUCUAAGCGGGCCAAGCCUCGGGACUCCUCUGAGAGCACGGGAUCUGGGGGGCCCCCGCCCCACCGGCCCCCACUCAUGGGCCUGAAUGCCACGGCCUGGUCGCCAUCAGACACAUCUCAGUCCAGCUGCCCUGCAGUGCCCUUCCCUGCCCCGGUGCCUUCUUACCCCCUGCCUGUGUUCCCAGCACCAGGAAUAGUGCCAGUGCCAGGCACCAUGGCACCACCGCCAGCAGCACCCCAUGCCGGUUUUGCAGUGCCCACUAUGGCCAUGGGCACCCAGCAUGAGUUUGCAGUGCAGCCCCUGCCUUUCCCCACCCCCGUGGCCCCCGUCAUGGCCUUCAUGCUCCCCAGCUACCCAUUCCCAGCCCCCACAAGCCUGCCUCAGGCCUUCUUUCCGGACCACCCCACACUCCCCUGUGAAAUGACGCCUACCUCCCAGCCUGAGUUCCCCAGUAGGACCUCGCUACCCCAGCAGCCAUGCUCCUGCCCAGCCACCCCCGCCACCCCACCAUCAGCCACGGUGGCUACGGGCAGGACUUCCCCUCCACUCUUCCAGUCUCGGGGCAGCUCACCCCUGCAGCUCAACCUGCUACAGCUGGAGGAGGCACCUGAGGGCAGCACAGGGGCCAUAGGGACAGUGUCAGCUGGCCCAGACUGCGCACCUGCUCGGGACCAGCAGCCCAAGGCGCCACCAACACAAGACGAACCCUCAGACACUCAGAACAGCGACGCCUUCUCCACAUCCAGCGACCUGCUCAACCUCCUGCUCAAUGAGGACCUCUGCUCGGCCACAGGGUCAGCCUUAUCAGGAAGUGGGGCCUCUGCCACCUCGGACUCCCUGGGCUCCAGCUCCCUGGGCUGCGAAGUGUCCCAAAGCGGGCCAGGCAGCAGUGACACAAGUCACAGCAGCAAAUACUUUGGAAGCAUCGACUCCUCAGAGAAUAACCACAGAGCACAGGUGAAGGCAGACACGGAGGGCAGGCAGCUCAUCAAGUACGUCCUGCAGGACCCCAUCUGGCUGCUGAUGGCAGACGCCGACGACAGCGUCAUGAUGACAUACCAGCUGCCUUCCCGGGAUGUGGAGUUGGUCCUGAGGGAGGACAGAGAGAAGCUGCAGCUGCUGCAGAAGAACCAGCCCCGCUUCUCGGAGGAGCAGAGGCGUGAGCUGCUUGAGGUGCACCCGUGGAUGCAGAUGGGCGGCCUGCCUUCAGCCAUCGACGUGACGGAAUGUGUUUACUGUGAAAGCGAAGAGAAAGGCAACUUGUGCAUGCCAUACGAGGAAGACAUUCCCUCCCUGGGACUUAGCGACGCCUUAGACACCAAAGAGCAGGAGAGAGGACACCCCCUGGGCCACAAGCAGGAAGAGCAAACGUAACCUGUGUGGCAGCGUGAUGCACUUUAGAUGGCGCUUGGGAGACUUGGAAGACCCUCACAUUUGUUUCUCAUGAAGUGGACAUAUUUAUGUUGCUCCGUUUGCUUGUUUGUUUGUCUUAUAAAAAGAAGUUUUCUGAAGGGAUGACUUCAGGCUGUGGAAGAAGGGUCUCAACAAAAACACAUUUUCAUAUUUAAAAUAUAAGUACGGAGUCAGGGGGAUGGUUGAGACUUGGGCUGCUGUAGAGCUGGAGGGGACUGAGUCUUCUUUGUGAGGGAAGUGGCUCCAGGGCUCACAAGACGUCUCUGGCUGUAACUGGGCUUCCGCUGAGUGUGCCAGCAUCUCCUGGCCCCUGAAGGAUAGCCCAAGACAUGAGGCCAGGCUGUGACAAGUCACCGGAAAGCUGGGUGCAGCUCUGAGCGGAGGGCUCCUGCUUCCAAAGCCUUCCCAAGCAUGUUUAGCUUGGGUCAGAUCGCUGCCACUUCAGGACUUUGUCUACAGAAGUUGUCAUUCAUCCAGCCAGGUGUUGCCGGCACUCAACAGCCUCCCUGACCUCCUUCCAGCAUGCCCUUGGCGUCCUUGGCAGUGUGUGCAGCAGUGCCAUCGCAUCUUCUGGUGUGACACGGCUUUUGUUUGCACUGAGCUGGCUCUGGACGACUUGACCCAGGGGCUUGUGUGACUAGCUCCACAGGGCUCAUGCCCACACAGACCCUCCUACAUGUCUACACCAUGCUCGUAUCCUUUUUAGACCAUCAUGGCCAACCCAUAGAGAACAUGCUAUCAGCCAUGUCCUGUCUUCAUGGUGAGGCCCUGCUGUGAACCAGGCUCUGCCCUUGACACUGGAGACCCAGUUGUGUCUGUUCCUCACUUGGAGCUCGGACGUUGGUUCCAGCCCAGCAGAGCCAGCGCCCUUCCACAGAGCACAGUGCACGUCUUGGCUCCCAGGGUCCCUUGCGCUCACCCAUGCCCACACACUCACAGGCUGUCUGACCCCAUGUCGUGAGCCAGCAUGGGAUGUAGUUUCUGGGCUCUGGCCUGGCACCAACCAGCACUGUUGGCAUUCAGGUCACCUGAGCCUGGGGAGAAGGAGGCUACCCUGCCCAGCUUUACCAAACCUUACACUGCCCCAGACAUCCCGGAGACUGUUCGGGAAAGCCUGACAUUAGUGCCUGGUAUGAAGGAGAAAGUACCAGCCAGGGCCACCGAGCUGAGAACUGCCCAAGUUCCUGACGCUGGAAAGGAAACAGGCUGUCCUGUCCCUUGACAGAGACAGAGCUCCGAGAAAGGCACAACUCCUUGUCCACCGCUGGAUUGCACAGUAAACUACUUCAUGCCUGAAUAUUAAUCCUACUUUUUACAAAAUGCAAAAACUUUUGUUGUUUUCGUUUGUUUGUGUUUUGAGACAGGGUCUUGCUAUGUAGUUCAGGCUGGCCUUGAAUUCAGUG